UUGCCAUCUCGAACACUAUUUUUGGACUCCCACUGGACCAGGAAAAUGUUUGCAGCUGUAACGCUCUUCGUCUUCAUGUGCUUGACUGCUACCACCUAUGCAGAGCACCACCAGCCCUGUCAUUCACCCAAUAUGACAGGAUUCAUGAGUGUGAUGAAUCUGAAGGGUGAAGUGAAAGCACAUGGUGCAUUCACUUACGAUUCAAUGGGCAAGAAACUACGGUUCAGAUCAAACGAGAGCCACCCCACGAACGCCUCGCUAGGUUUGGAUCUACUGAUGUUUUUUGAAGAGGGAAUAUUCUACGAGAUUGACAGCAAAAACCAGAGCUGUGAGAAAAAAGCACUGCAAUGCACCAUGCAUCCUCUAGAUAUUCCCGAUGAUGCCACGUUUUUGUCUGUGGUGAACUCUGGGAAUCCAUCCAUUGAAGGGGAGGGAUUAAAAGUCAAUGUAUGGACAGGAUCAAUGGCAGACACGAAAGGCCACUACUCCAUGUCUGUAACCAUGGGAUGUUUGCCUGUGAGCACAUUCUACUUCACUGAGUCCACAUCAUUCCUUUUCAGCAACAUGGACAUUGAAAACGAGAUCAAGGAUCCCGAUCUCCUCGUAGUGCCUUCCUUUUGUCAGGGACAGCAUCUGGAGGAGACACCUGAAGGGACAGUAAACAGUUUCCUCAACGAGUUCAUGUAGAUGAAGCCCCACCAGCAGAAAAAAAUCAAACCCCUAUCCAAGUGUGGCCUGCCAGAACUUUAGACUUUUCUCUCCUUUUCACGUGUGACUCGAGUUUUUCGUGUGACACAGCACUGUUUCACAUCUGUUUCCAUCACAACUUCCACUCCCCUAUGAAGAUAUGGCUUUGAAUGGAUCAUACUGUAUACAUACAUUUUGAUG